AUGUCGGCAACGCCUAUCUUCCAAAGCCUCUCGUCCAUCUCCUCUUCUGUCUCGGGCUAUUCCAGACAGCAGCUGGGUACUCUACGGAACAGACUCUUCAAGACAGAGAAAUCCAGAACCAGAGCGAACCUGGUGCAGACCUCCUUUGCUCUGCACAGACCCGUCUGGGUUACAGCAGGAGGUGCCAUGUACACGACCAUGGGCGCGGUAUACCUCACCCUGCGCUACAUGAGUCGGCUUCGAUAG